GGCCGGCCCGCGGGCUCCGCGUGCGCGCAUGGGCCCGCCCGGGCGCGGCGGCGGCGGCAGUAGGCGAGGGGCGCGCCCGCCCGCGGCACCAUGAUGCCCGGGGAGACGCGGCCGGCGGCGCCCGGGACGGCGGCCGAGCUGACGCGCUGCCAGGGCUGCGCGUCGCUGCAGCAGAAUUUAAAUGAAUAUGUUGAUGCAUUAAUUACCUUGAAGCAAAAAAUCAUUAAUACGGAUAACUUAUUAACAGAGUAUCAGAAGAAAUGUGAUGAGCUGCAGUUUGCAAGAAGAGAGAACAGUACCCUGCAUCACCAAGUGGAACAAAUGCUCCAGAAAAUCUCUCCUCUGCAGCAAUGCCAGGAAGAGUUGGGGUCUUUGAAGGCAGAGCUAGAAGAGAAGAAGAGUUCUCUCAAGCUGUACCAGGACACACACCAGGAGUACGCCCGGGUCAAGGAGGAGUGCCUGAAGAGCGACGCACAGAAGAAGAAACUCGAAGCCAAGGUGAAGAAGCUGGAAGAGGCCGCAGUCAAGCACACACAGGACUUCAAGCAACUGCGAAACGAGAAGAAAAUCCUGGAAAAGGAAUUCAGGAAGACGCAGGAAAGACUGGAUGAAUUCUCGAAACAGAAGAAUGAAAGGGAGUUGAGACAUAUUGGGACUCAGAUUUCAAGCGACUCUUUGGGGAACAUUGAUAAAAGAAGGGUGAAGCUGCUCUUGAAGGAACUGUGGCUCUGCAUCAACACCGCACACAAACUCCCCGGGGACGGCGGCAGGCGUGGAACAGAAAAACCCGCCCGAGAAAGCUCCCCACUGCGAGAAUGUGGGGCCGAGGGGUCACCGCGAGCUGUGGGCGGCAGCCCCAGCCCCACUGCGGACGUGCGCACGUGCCUGACGGAGCUAUCCAUGGAGAUCGAGGGCAGCUUUUCCCCCUGUGCGUCUGCGGAGGAGACGCAGCGGGGCAGCCGUGCUGCAGCCCCUGGUGCCCGUGCCCUGGCCCCGGUGGACGAGGACCUGCAGGCAGCCGUGGACUUCUUCAGAAUGCCUCCACCACUCCUGUCGCCCGUGCCCUCCCCCCCGCUCGUGUCCUUGCCCCCUUGGGGCACGCUCCCCUCUCCGCUGGAGCCGGAGUCCUGCGUUGAAGACUCCGCCAUCUCCAGCGACAGUGACUGCGCCCAGCACAGAGGCCCUGUGGAGGCCGUCUCCGAGGAUGAGCCUGCCGAGUCACCGCCUCGCUGGGGCGCCCCCAGAGCAGCCCAGGGGUGUGGGCGUGGCGAGGAAAAGCGUGGGGUGCAGGAGGGCCCGGACCGAGUGACCUCCGUGGGCUUCGGAACGUUCACGACCACCCUGAGUGAGCCCUCCACCACCUUCUCCUUUGCUCGGGAGCAGCGCUGGGCUGCGGGGUCUGAGUUCAAGCGCUCAGGGCCCGAAGAUGCGCAGGGAGCAGUGCAGGAGUUGGACAAGGCUGUGCAAACCGAGGGGACGCCUCUGCGACACCGCAGCUGCGCCCGGGACACAAAGUCCCCUGGGAAGCCCUGCGUGGGUUCCCCGCUGCCCCCGCAGCCCCUCAGUGAGCUCCUUGAGGCUCCGGCCACGUCCCUGCAGUCCAGAGUGAUGGUGGCCCCCCUGUCCCGUCUGACUGAGUGGACACUGACCAGCAGGGUCACGCCUGGGUCAAAUGGCGCAGCAGGAGCUGAGUGUUUUCAGGACAGGUCUGGAGCAUGGGACAAGGACAAAGAGGACAGGGCCCUUGCCGGGGACUGUCUGGAGCCAGAAGGUGCAGGGGCUGCUGGGGGUGCCCCAGGCCCGUCUGUCCCCCAGGCCCCCGCCCUCCCCCCCAGCAGGGACUCGCCACCCUCUGCACAAAGGCUGCAGCAGCGGGCUGAAUCCCCAGCAUCUUGGAAGGGAGAACGUGACCAGGACACCAGCUCGGGACUGUCCCCCAGUGAGGCACAGGGCCCUUUGGGUCGAGAUGCUACUCAGGCCCCUUCCGCUCCUCAGUCAUUAUUCGCCAGGGUGCCCGCUGAUGGGCCGAGUGGCCGUCAGUCACCCCGAGCUCACAGUACCAGCCACUGCCAGCCUGUGUCCGGCGGGAGAGACCUCAGCCUACACCAGCGCACAUCCUGGCACCAGAGCCCAAUGCUCCAUGAAGUGGGACCCGAAGGGGGACCGCGGGCCACAGCAGGGUCCCCACCGGCUGCGCCGGCCAUCUUCCCAGACAGUGCUUCGGCGUUCCAGGGAGAUGAGAGCCUGGGGGUGCUCAAAGCUACCGCCAAACCGCAGUCCAACCAAGUGUCAGUCAUCACUAAGCAGACGCGCCUCGGACCCCUGGACAGAGCCUGGCCAGCACUGCCGAGACUGCCCCAGGAGAAGGAGGCGCCCCUCAUGGCAGCUGGGCCCCCUGCCAGGACUGAGCCUCUGGUACCCCCAGACCCAGUGCGGGGCCGAGAGAGAGAAGGGGCGGCCCUCAAGGCCUGGCAGGCGGUGGCCAUGAGACGGGCCUCCCCGGAAGUCUCCAGCACUUGUCGGAAAUUAGACUUUGAUGCUCCCAGUGGGUCUCUGACGGCAGGAGGUUCUCAUCACUUUGCCAACAGUAUUUUGUCUCUUUCUUAUGACCACAUCUCUGCGCAGAAGCGAGAGUCAGGGCCAGAAGCUGUGGUACUCCCAGAGGUGCAGAGGUGGCGAAGCAGAGGCUCCAGCCCGGAGCCAGCUGUGCCCGUGCCCAGAGGCCUCCCCGCCCAGGAGAGGCCCAGCGUCACUCCUGCCACGCAGCAGAGUCCCCGGGAGCCCCCUGAGCGGUGCUGCCAGAGCCCCGUGCUCACAGCUGUGGCCUCGGCGUCGGGAAAAGCACAGGGACCACCCUGUGCCGGGCCCCCAGAGAGCCUCCCCGGCGUGCUAUAUCACUACACGGGCGUCCGCGAGCAGCAGAGGGCAGACACGGAAGUGGAGGAGAGCGAGGCCCCGAGCUGCAGCGAGGGUGAGGCCGAACCCGAGGCUGCCCCGGCUGCAGGAGCCACGUUGGGGGUGGCCCUGGCCAGGCCUGGACCAGAGCUGGGUGCACUGACAUCUGCCCUGCAGCACUGCAGCCUCGCCGUGGACCGGCUGUCCACUUCGGAUGUGGCCCUCUUCCUGGAGAGCUGCCGCCUGCGUGACAGCAGCUCUGGAGACUCCGUGUCCGAGAGCUCCAGCAAAGGGGGCCCAAGUCAGGACCAGGGGACACCACAGGAGCUCACGAGGCCCGGAGGAGCCGCGCACAGCCAACCUGACGCUGCCGGGGAAAGCCAGGAGCCCUUCGGGGGCUGUCCCGAGGAGGAGGAGGAGGAGGAGGAAGGCCCCCUGCAGCUCCCGAGCCAGCUGUCCCAGUGCUCCCUGGACACGCUGGCCAAGGUGCUGGCCAGGUUGGGGCGCGAGCUGCACAGUGGCCCUGUGGACGCUCGCCUGCGAGAGGCUGGAAGUCUGCUUCUCCUCAACGUGCUCCAGCAGGUAGUGGCCGAGGACGAGCUGGGUGCGGAUCUGGCCCCGGGCUCGGGCGGCACGAGUGCUCGGAGCAGCCCUGCGGGAGACCCAGCCAUGACGAGAGCCGCUGAAGGCCAGGAGGAGGUGCUGCUGGAACCGGCAGGGUCCCAGGGCUCUGGGGAGACCCCUGAGGAGACCCCUGCCAUAGAGCCCCCGGAGGCGAUGCAGACAGAGACCUACCAGUGCCAGAUCUCCACAGUGACCUCAGAAGUCAUCAACGUGCUGCUCAACAAGGACCAGAACCUGGUCAUCGAGAAGGGGGACAACUGGACCAUCAUCAAUGGGGUCACCCUAGUGCCCAACGUGGACCAGGUGAUAGUGUGCGACCCGCCAGGGGCCGGCCUGGAUGCCGAAUUCCCUUCCUGCUCCUACCCGGAGGAGGAGGAGGAGGAGGAGGUAGAGGAGGCCGCCGAGGCUGCAGGGCCCGAGUGCCCGGCCCCAGCACCUGCCAGUGACCCCUCCUGUGUCCAGGAGAUCUCUAGCAGUGGCCAGGGAGCCAACUUCGACAAGAGCCGUUUGCGGAACAGGCCCGUCAAACCCAGCACCAGGAUCAGCUCGGAGAUUUUCGAUCAAGACUUUGAGGAGUCUCCAACAAUCGUGUUUGACCACACCUACUUCAACUCGAAACUCGAGCCGGCCACCAGGGGCAGGACUCGGUCGAGGGUGGCGAGUCGGGAGCCGCCCAGCAGGCCCGCCAAGGCCUCGAGCAGAGCGGACCCUCCUCAGGGUGAAGCUCCGGAGUCGUCGCCUGGCGAGAGAGGAAAUAGCAAGUCACAGCGGACACAGACGCAGACUGUCCUGGCCAAUGCGGACACCUCGACCCCGACAGACGGUGCCGGAGACACGCUGAGUAAGAUCCGGCAAGAGGUGGGGCCGCCACUGCCCCCGCUGCUCGCCCCGCUGGUCGCCACGCCGCCCCGGGCCUCCCGCUCUGUCUCUCCUCUGGUCUCCAGCUCCAGCCCCGCCUCGCCCCUGGCCCAGCUGUCACCGCUGUCAGAAGCCCCCGGACUCCCCGCGAUGUCCCCUUUGCCUGAAGACCCGGUGCCGCCCUCUCCUCUCUGCACCACUGCGUCCCCGUCCGCCACAUCCGCCGAUGAGCGGAUCCUGUCCUCACCCCUGCAGUUCUGUGCCGCGACCCCAAAGCAUGCCCUACCGGUACCGGGCCGCCUGCCACCCUUGGCGGCAUCUGCACACAGCGCCGUGGCCGGGCCCCAGGAGAACUCGGUGAAGAUCCUGGAUACUAUGUACCCUGAGCUGUCUGCCAGGGCCCGCACCCUCAGCCUCCUCAAGGGGAACCUCCAGCUGGCGCGGGGGCCUGCCGACAGUGAGAACCGGCCCGCACCCGUCAGUGCCAUCUCGGGCUUCAAGGCCAUCACGUCCACAUCCACAGCCUUUGUGAAAACAGGCAGCUCUGGGGGCGACUCUCAGCAGGACAAGCCGCGGGCCGCGGGCGGGAAGAGGCCGCCGCUGCCCUCGUCUUUGAGGAGUGCUAAGAGGCUCCGCCUGCAUGGUGCCUCCCCCGAGCCUGAGCCCCGCAGCUCCAGCCUGGGCGGGCACCGGAACCUGCGGAGGAGACCGCCCGCCCCCGAUGCGGCCCCCCCUGGGGAGGAGAGAGGCUCCGGGGACCCCGAACCCCCUGCCUCGCAGGCACCGCCUAAACCCAAAGAAACGGUGGAGUCCCAUGACCGGGCCAUUGCGGACGCGCUGAAGAAGAUCGCGGAGGCCGCCUUUGACCUGCUGCCCGUCAUCCGCAGCCACGUCUACGUGGGCAACAUCUCCAAGAAGCCCGUCAUGCGUGACCAGGAGAAGGAGGUGGUCCACGAGUUCAGCACCGCCAGGAAGCACCUGGCCGAGUGCCUGCUGCACUCGAUCCUCUUGGAGCUGAAGGCUCAGAAGGCAUCUCUGGAGCACAGCUACGUCCAUGCGCUCUGCCGGGUGUACGUUGGCGUGUGCCGGCAGCUUGGAGACUUGGAGCGGGCGCGCCUCUUCUGCUAUAGCCUCCUCAAGGAAGAUUUCCCAGAGUCAGAGAAGCUGGCGCUGUUCAUCGCCAACAUGUGGCAUGACAUCUUUAUCUCUCCGUCGGUCAUCAGCAAAGCCAUGCAGCUGGUCGCCAGGCAGCGUGCGAAGGGCGAGGUUCUCAACUGCCUGAGGGCCUUCCUCAACUGGGAGAAGAACGCGCCUGUGGAUGUCGGCUUCAUGGUCUCCAAGCUGCUUCUGACCGUCCAGUUAUGUCCAAAAACAGAGUUUCAGGCCAGUGAGAAGUUCGGAGAGGACCUGAGUGCCAACACGUGGGAGCACAUAUUCGCCAUCGACCUGCUGUGCUGCCACCAGAAGUGGGUGUGGACACACGACAACAUCAUCAGCAAGGAGCUGUGGCCCGUGAUGGACAAGUGGGUCAAGUACAGGAAAGGACACCCCAACAUCACCUACACGCCCGACAUCAUCAUCGCGUCCAUCCUGCGGCUCAUUGGCCGCCUGGGCCAGCUGGGCCUGAAGGAAGGGUUUCCGUCUGCGGUGAAGAACAUCAGCUCGGUCAUCGGCAUGUUCAUCCAGCAUGCCCGCGACGAAGAUAUCCCCUGGGGCAUCCAGCUGGCUGCUGUGUACGCAUUGUGUGACCUGAGCCCCAGCAAUCCGGCGGAAAUCUCCAAGAUCCUGGAAGCCUGGCGUAAAGAGACGUCACACAGCGUGCCGGCAGCCGUGGCGGGCUGCCUGGAGGAGGUGAGCUCCUUGUGUGCAGAGGGGCUCAGCUGAGUGGGGAGCAGUGCCUUGACAGCUCUCGGGACGGACCCACAGGGCUGCAGCCAGAGAGGCCUGCGCCUGGUAGGUAUGCCCCAAGCUCGGCCGAUGGUUUGUGAGCAGAGGGCCCGGGGCCCUCGUGUGAGGUCUUGGUCAGAUAACAAGAACUUGAACUUGCCCUUUUUUGCUGCAGAAAGUGUCCUUCUAGUCGCCUUUGUGAUUGAGUGGUGUUUUGUGAUGAAUUUCAUGUAAAACUGCAUUGGGUUGGUUUGGGAGCUCUUCUUGGACUUGGCCCUUGCGGACUGACCAGAAAAAGACACUGACUGAAGCCGAGCAGCAGCUCUGCCGACGCCCAGUGAGAGGGUUGUGGGCUCCCCAGGGCAGAGCCCACCACCGGCCGCUCGCUGCUGCCCGCUGUGUCCACUCUGAUGAGCCGGGUGUGGGCGUCGCACAUACGCCCACCCCUCUGCCAUGGGCAUCGGGGCAGCUUGAUAAUGUGGAUCACAUUGGAUAAUAUUCCACUUCGGAAUUUUAGUAUUUGUAUAUAGAAAUGGGGUUCAUAACUCACCGUGGCUCUGAUCUGUCUUGUAUUCAUUCUUUCUUAAAAUUCUUGUAUGUGUUUUUUUAUAAUAAACUAAAAGUGAGC